UCAGGUCCACAAGCACAGGUGAGCUCAGCUCCUUUGCUGACAAUGAACACCACACACUUUGCAUUCUCAUUUCAGCCCGUGCUGCUCAACACCACCGUGGACUUCAACGACUCCAUCCCCAGCAACAGGAGCAGUGACGGAUUCUGCGAGCAGGUCUUCAUCAAAGCCGAGGUCUUCUUGACCCUGGGGAUCAUCAGCCUGCUGGAGAACAUCCUGGUCAUCCUGGCAGUGCUGAAGAAUGGCAACCUGCACUCUCCCAUGUAUUUCUUCCUCUGCAGCCUGGCCGUGGCUGAUAUGCUGGUGAGCAUGUCCAACGCCCUGGAGACCGUCAUGAUCGCCAUCCUCAGCAACGGCUACCUGGUCAUCGACGACCACUUCAUCCAGCACAUGGACAAUGUUUUUGACUCCAUGAUUUGCAUUUCUCUGGUAGCCUCCAUUUGCAACCUCCUGGCCAUAGCCAUCGACAGGUACAUCACUAUUUUCUAUGCCCUCCGUUACCACAGCAUCAUGACGGUGAAGAAAGCCCUGUCCCUCAUAGUGCUCAUUUGGGUGGCUUGCAUCAUCUGCGGCAUCAUUUUCAUUGCCUACUCGGAGAGCAAAACUGUCAUUGUGUGUCUCAUCACCAUGUUCUUCACCAUGCUGCUGCUCAUGGCCUCCCUGUACGUGCACAUGUUCCUGUUCGCCCGCCUGCACGUCAAGCGCAUCGCGGCGCUGCCCGCCCAGGGCGUGCCCCCCCAGCGCACCUGCAUGAAGGGGGCCGUCACCAUCACCAUCCUCCUGGGGGUCUUCAUCCUCUGCUGGGCGCCCUUCUUCCUCCACCUCAUCCUCAUCAUCUCCUGCCCCAUGAACCCCUACUGCAUCUGCUACACCGCCCACUUCAACGCCUACCUGGUGCUGAUCAUGUGCAACUCGGUCAUCGACCCGCUCAUCUACGCCUUCAGGAGCCUGGAGAUGAGGAAGACUUUCAAAGAAAUCGUGUGUUGCUGCUAUGGCAUGAGUGUGGGACAGUGCAUGCUGUAA